UUUUGGUAAGGUAAGAUGUUUUGGAAGGCUAUCUUGGUCAAAUCAAAUACAAGUACAAGAAAAAAAAAACAAAAUGGAAUUUAGUAGUCACACUUUUUCCACAUACCCAUACCCUACUUGUGCCACCCCUAUUCUCCUAUAGCCACCUCAACUCUUAAAUUUUUCCCUCUAUAAGUCCCCAAACGCCUUCCCCCUUCAAAGAUCCCUCCGCUCUCUCACUCACUCUCUCUCUCUCUCUUCACAAUAAAAAUUCACAAAAAUGUCUUGUGCCAUCAAGAAAGUGCACAUGAUUACCCAAAUCGUGAGGCUAAAACAAGUUGUUAAGCGCUGGAAGAACAAAUCUCUUAAGCGCCGGGGCGUCCUCUCUUACUCCUCAUACGAUUUAGACGAACCGGGUUCGAACCGGCGCACACCUUCAGGAUCCUUGGCGGUUUACGUCGGUCCAGAAAAACACCGGUUCGUGAUUCCAACCCGAUUCUUGAACCUCCCUGUGUUCAUUUCCCUACUCGAUAAGGCGGCGGAGGAGUUUGGAUACCAGAGAACAGGUGGGUUAGUUUUGCCCUGUGAAGUUGAGUAUUUUUCAGAAAUUUUGGCUUUGCUGGACCGAGAUGAGGAACGGUUCGGUCAUUUUGGUUUAGAUGAGCUUGUUAAGAUGAUUACGGAAGUGGGUUUUGAAGCUUUAGAUCAGUCCUGUAAAGAAGCUGCUGCACAUGGAUUUGCUCCUCUUCUGGAGAAUGCUAGGGUUUAAACUGGAAUUUUUAGUUUAACAAUGCCCGGUCCGGUCCUGCUUGUUUUAAUGACUGUAAAUGGUAGUGUAUUGGUAAAAUGUGGUCCAUGGCUACCUGAACUUUGGAGAUUUCUAGGCAUUUUAAUAGUAUCUUUUUAGGUUUUAAAAAAAACCAUCCUUGAACCCAGAAUUUAAUUUUCUGAAGGUCUGCUGGGUUCCAAUGAGAUGUUGGUGAAUUUUUUUAUUUUUAUUUUUGAAGGUUGUUAGUUCUAUUUUCCCCGGAUAAUUAAUACUCUUUUCGUCCCAAAUUAUGUGUUGUCAUUGUUUUUAAUUCGUUUCAAAAUAAAUGUCUGUCUUUUCUUAUUUGGUAAGUUUAUAAAAAUAAAAUUACAAUUUUAUCUUUAAUACUAUUACUCCUAUUUAUUUAUUUAUUUUUUCAAUUAAAAGUAAAUUUACUUAAUUUUAAAAUUUUUUUUUUUUUUUGAGAAAAUUGUCAAAAGAUCGUUCAAAUUUUAUCUUAAAUUUCAACUACACAUUUAAUCUUCACGAAAGUCUUAUCACCCUUGAUUUAUUUUUUCAUAUAUUUAUUACCUCAAAUGCUGAGCUGACACGGAAGGUGACAACACCCAUCCUAGGCGCAUUGGUUUAGUCCCAACAACUCCAAAAGUAAGAGUUUAACCUUCCACAUGUAUAGUACACAUCAUUGAUUGAUUUUUUGAUGAAGUAAUCAUGAAAAAUGACUCUUUCUUUCAACGAUUUUCUUCCUCGAUUAUUAGACCAUGGUAUUUGAUUUGCCAAAUACAUCAUUAUUGUAUACUCUUUCAUAUAUAUAGCGCAACCCAAUUUUGAUUUUUUACCUUUUUUUUUGAAAUGGAAAUACCUAACUAACCUAAAUAAUAAGAACUUCCCCCUUGAUUCUUUAUAUCACUUUUUUUCUUAUCCACAACCUGCCUUCAUCUUGCUUCAUUUUUUUUUUAAUUUCUUUAACCUAUGUUUUAGCUUUUAAUUUCAUUUUCUACUUGAAUUUUUGAAAUUUUGUUUUAUAAUUUGGUUCAACUCUUAAUUUAGGGUUUGUAAUUUGAUGAAAGAUUUUGUCAGAAUUUAUGAAAUGAUAAAUUUGAAAUUGAAUAAGUUUUGUAUGGACGAAUCAGACCCAAUGCUCAAUACUAUUGUGAGAUGCAAAUGUGAUAUUUUGCUCGACUUGCAAACUUCAUAGUCGAAAUCAAAUUCGAAAAGAAGAUUUUGGCCUUAUCUCUACUAUGGUGUAUGUAUUAAUGUACUGAUUUCUACAAAAAUUUUCAGUCUCAAAAAUGUAAUUUUUUUUUUUAUGAAGGAACAAAAAAAAGUGAAUCUAAUAUCAAAUUUUAUCAUUUCAAGAUUGGUGAACAAAAUCAAUGAGUUGGAAGAAGACUUAUAGCUUAAACAGAUUCAAAUUGAUAACUUGACGUGAGAGAAGAUGCGCAAUGAAAGAUGGAGAUAGUGUAGGUUCAAUAAGAAAUUUUUUUUAUGUAUUUUGAUUUUUGUUGUUGUUAUGUUCAUAACCAACAAAUAGACUGAAAGCAGUUGCUAGAUCUAGUCUAAUAUAGUAUAAAUUUUGUAUACCUCUCUUUAAAUAUAUCAGAUUAUGCUAUGUUGUCUUUUGCCUAAUAGUACUUCAUAUAUUUGUUUU